GAAUGUCGGUUGACGGUUUGUGAUUGCAAAUCAAAACAAGUGCUUGGCAUGGAGAAAAGUAAUAAUAUGUGCUCGGUUUACUUUGAAUAUUGACUAUAAUUAUUAAUACUGCCAGUAACAGCAAUUGAAACACUGCCCCACAAUAAAAAAAGUUUUGUUCGUCGCAGAAAGCCGGACAACAUAACCUUAAAAUGGCUGACGAAGAUUUUAGCAAACUUUUACAACAAGCAGAACAAUUAACGACUGAAAUUGAAGGAAAUGAAGAACUUCCGAGAGUAGAAAGAUCUUUAGGACAGGUAUUGGAAGCCUCUCAUGAAUUAUAUUCUAGAGUGAUCCAGUCCGGGCCGAACAACAUACAAGCCCAUGUUUUAUUUGGAUCAAAAGGAAUUGACCUGCAACAGAUAUCACAGAAGUUAGAAACAUUAUCUUCUAAAAGAACUUUUGAACCUCUACAACCUAUUGCUGAUUCAGACAUUGAAAGUUUUUUAAAAAAUGAAAGAGAAAAUGCUAUACUUUCCCUAAUUGAUGAAGUAAACAAAAACUCACUGCAAACAACUGAGGAUCAAAAAUGGGAACACAUGCUGUCCGAAUGGAAUAAGGAAAAAAUUAAGUUAAUGAAUGCUAUGAUAGGGCCAUCUCAGAAUUGGCUUGACCUUAAACGAACUCCAGAACUACCGAGUAUAGCAGACACUCCUAAAAAGUUUGGUCAUUCCAUGCUAGAUAGUAUUGAAGCAGCAUAUGCUAGACAAGUACAACAAUAUAAUAAACUUAUUUCUCAUGGUGCCAAGUCUAGAACAGCUUUGCAUCAAAAGUUCUCACAAGUUGCAGAAGAAUUUAAUGAUCCUAAAGUUAAGGAAAUGUGGGAAAUAAUUAAAACCAUGGCCAAUAUCCCUGCUCUCGUCAGAGAUGAAGAUCCCUUGAAAGCUAGAGGGAAUCCUACAAUACAACAAUGUCUUAUAGCACAAGGCAAGAAAUAUUUAGAAAAGAGAUACAAGCAAUACAUGAGUGAUGUUGUUCGGGCUAAUCCAGCGGCAGCUUUGCGAGGCGGUGAACCAGGAACAUUCCCUUUGGUGCGAGGAUUUGUGGGACUCCGUCUUCAAGGGUUGAACAUUCAGGGCCUGACGGACGGAGUUGUCGACGACCGACCACUAUGGCCCAUGGUUUAUUAUUGCUUAAGAAGCGGCGAUUCGAACGCUGCAUUGUAUUGUUUGAGAAAAGCUGGUCGAGACCACGAAGAAUUCAUAGCUGCCCUAGAAGAUCAUAUAAGAGAUCCAGAGAAAGCCCUUAGUGACAAACUGCAAACGGAAAUCAAUUUGAAGUACAGACUUCAAAUACGCCACUCCACAGAUCCAUACAAAAGAGCUGUGUACUGUGUCGUGGGAUGCUGUGACGUCAGCGAUGAACACUCUGAAGUUGCGCGCACGGCAGAUGAUUAUCUAUGGCUAAAACUGUCCGCUAUUAAAACUCGUUCGAACAACGAGUCUGAAACAUUCAGUUACUCCGACUUGCAAAAAAUGAUCUUAGAAGAAUAUGGUGAAACGCAUUACCACGCGUACGAGAAGCCACUUGUUUAUUUCCAAGUCUUGACUUUAACGGGUCAAUUUGAACCAGCAAUAGAGUUCUUAUCAAGAAUACCCAGGUACCAAGUGCACGGAGUCCACAUGGCUUUGGCUCUUCACGAUAUCUAUAUGUUGGGUACUCCACGCAAUGUACAGGCGCCUUUGCUUUCUGUUGAUACGGACGAUCCUGUACCGCUGCGGCGUUUGAAUUUAGCUCGACUUAUAUUGCUCUACGUCAGAAAAUUCGAACUUUCUGACCCCUCGGACGCCUUGAACUAUUAUUUCUUUUUAAGAAAUCUGAAAGAUCCCAGCGGGAAGAACCUUUUCAUGUGUUGCUGUACGGAUCUCGCUCUGGAGAGCCGCGACUACGAUCUGUUGUUUGGUCGCAUGGAGGCAAGCACUGGACUGCGAACCUCUGGCCUACUGGACCAGUUCAACAACCCGCACAUUGAUAGCAAGGUUAUUGCCCUCAACGCUGCAGAACAGCUGGUAAACAAAGGUCUCUUUGAAGAUGCUAUUAUAGUCUACGACAUAGCUGGAAAUCUAGAGAAGGUGUUGGAACUGUUCUGCGUGCUGCUCGCGCAAGUGGUGAGUGCGGGCGGCGAGGCGGGCGGAUUGCGUGCGCGCCUGUCCGAAUUGGCCGAGCACGUGUCGCGCCGCCUGCGCGCCGCGGACACGUCGCCGCCGCCAUCGCUGCUCGACGCGUACACCAAGCUGUGCAAACUGUGCACGUUCUUCGAUCACUUUCAUAGCGAGAACUACGAAGCUGCGCUCGAGACGGUGCGCACGUGUGAGCUGGUUCCGCUCAACCAGGGAGAGCUUGAGGCGCGAGUGGCGGGUGCACGAUCGGCGCGCGGUGAACUACUGCGUGCGUUGCCGGCCGUACUUCGUGCGCUAUGCCACAUCCUCAUCGCUCAACGGCAAAAGCUGCGAACCGCGCAGUCGACACUCGCCGCGCAUACUGCUACCAAGCAAUUGGAGUGGCUGCGAGAACAAGCUGAAGUUCUUAACACAUUUGCCGGCAAUAUUGCGUACAGGAUGCCUGGAGACACCUACAGCCAGUUAGCGCAAAUGCAGAUUCUGAUGAAUUGAUGAAUGAAUUGAUAUUCUUUACUAAAAAAAGUUAUGAUCUAUAAAAAUAAACUAAACUGAGAAAAUUGGAUGUGAAAUAAAUUUGAUUUUGAU